UGUCUACCUAUGUAUUCCAACAGAAUAGUAAGAACUAAAGUAUCCCAUGACUUUCAAAAUACAUGUGUAAAAUAUUUUAAUUGAUUUUCUAGUCUUCAGGUUUUAAAAGAUAACAAUUUCACACAUAAACUGGAUCUAUCUCACCAUGUAGAAUUACAGCUGACAAUUUUAGUACUGCUAAAACUUAUACACCAGCAUAAGCUUCUAAUGAUAAAGGAGUAAGUUUAUAUUAUAAAUCUACAGCUCAAAAAAGUACAAAUAGAAGCAUUUAUUUCAGAAAUUGAAAAACUUAAUGAUGUUCUUAAAAAAAAAGUGAAUUUGAUUAAUGAGCUUACCAUGAAAUUAAAUUCAAGUGAGUCUCAUCUCCAAGAAAAGAGAGAAGAAUAAUAAAAUAUAAAAACUUCAUAUUUACAAUAAAUAGAAGAGCAGUAAUAAAAGAUUUAAGAGUUGUUGCUAACGAAUCAAUAGCUUAAAGAGACAAAUAUUUAAUAACAAUAAGAGUUAGAAAAUCUAUUUCUGCAGAUAGAAUAAUAUAAUAAAGAAUCCCAAAAAUUAAAAGAAACUCUUAAAAAUUCAUAAACUAUUCACAACGAACAUGAAACUAAACAAUUAAAAGUCGAACUCAAUAAUUAAAAAUAAGAAAUUACUCGUUUACAAAUUUAACUCCUUGAAGAAAAAAAAGAGUCAAACUAAUUAAAACUAUAAGUUGAAGAACUUAAUAAUUUAUCUCAAAUUAAACUUUUAGAAAAAUCAUUAAAUGAUUAACAAACCACUAUUGAUAAUCAAAAAUAAUGUAUAGCUUAACUUAGAAAAACUAUUAAUUUACUUGAAUAGAAUAUUUCUGAUUAAUUUACAAGUGAAAAUUAAUAUAAUCAACUUGUCAAUUCUUUUAAUUCUUAUAAAGAACAACAAAAAGAAUCUGAUGCUAAGUUUAAUAAAAUUUUAAAAAGCAAGGAAUAAGAAAUUAUGGAUCUAAAAGACAAUUUUUAAAGUUAAUAGGUCCAAUUAGAAUAAUCUAAUCUUUUAGUAAUUUCCUAAUAAAAUUAAAUUGACAAAUUGAAAAAUAUGAUGAAAUUAAAAAUAGAGGAUUUUGAUAUCAAGAAAUUUGAAAAUGAUCCAAUAUUUUAGAAACCUCUAAAUUAAUAUAAUAAAAUUUAUAGUAAAAAAAUAAAUAAAGAUCAUAUAGGAACUCCAUAAAAUCAUGCUUCAUAACAUUAGUAACUAAAUUUUAUUGUAUUUUAUUUGUUUUAUAAAUCUUAGAAAGAAUAAUGUAGACAUAUUCCAAUGUCAAGUUAUAAUUUUGAGAAAGAAUUAUAAUCUUACAAAAAUAAAAUGAAUAGUCCAUCGAAUAUAAAGUUAAGAUAAGAAAUAAAAGAAGGAAAUUUAAAUAAAAAAGUGUUUUGA